CGACGACGGAGGCGGUGGCGGUGGAGACCGAGGCGGAGGACGCGUUCGACGCGCGCGCGGUGUUCUACGCCGUCGCGGACGCGGACGACGACGGGGAUUUGAAAAUCGUUCGAGCCGCGCGUCCGCGGUCGAUGCGAACGGAGAUGGACGGGAGGACGGCGUCGACGCUCGCGAGACUUCGCGAAGACGUUGAAUCGGAGGAGACGAACGCGAUCGAACACGCGUUCGUCAAGCCGGGACACGAGGCGUGGGUGUGCGCGAGCGCGACGGAUGGUAAACGCGCGUACGUCGUCGUCGAGGACACGAGCGAUACGCUCUUGCGGGCGGUGCGGAGCGCGAAGGCUUUCGCGAAAAAGUCAUUUCCGGACGCGUCGAGCGCGUUCGAUUUGGAGACGUAA